GGAAGAUUCAACAGCUUCACUAUGUACAACUAGCAGUAUGAUCCCCAAUAUUGAAAUUUCAUAUUCAAAUAAUUAACAGACUAAGGCGACUGUCAUGCUCGCAGUUGUUGUGCAAUGUCUAUCAUGGUCCACUGAAAACAGUCAUUGGGUUGCCCGCGUUUUUUGGUACUGGUGUAUACUUCUCGAUGUGUUUGCUAUUGGAAUAUCUUCUCAACAACUCAGCAUUCUAGAGUACCUCCAGGCUGGGGAUGAACAAUUUUUGCAGAGAAAACCACUCUUAGGCAUGCUUGUCAGAGAAAAAGACAGACAACAGUAUCCAGACAUGAAGAUGAUUUGGGUCUGGGAAUGUCCAAUGUCGCUGUUAGUUUAUUCAAUGACUUUGUUCAUUGUUGCAGUGACAGUACAUGUAUCUUACCCAUUGAUCAAUGAUCCGGCAUGGGAAGAGGAUUCGAAGAUUGCAACUGCAUAUCUCAUAGUUUUAGGGAUAAAUUGUCUAAAUAUUGUCUACUGCUCUUUCUGGAUAUACAGGAGAAUGCCAAGAUAUGGAGAUAAUUGAUAAUGAUAAUGUGUUCAC